GAAUAAAAAAAAUCACUCGUGUCUAAUGUGAACACAUUCGUUAAAAAAGUUCCCGACGUUCGAAACAAAAACAAUUAAAAACGACUGAAGAAAUAACAGUCACAAAGCUGUAAAUCAGGAAAAAAAUACAAUAAAAGCAAAAAAAAAAAGAAAAAGAAGAAAGAUAUCCAAAUAUAAAUAUCAUUGUGUUCAGUUCUUCUUCCGACAACAACAUAAACACAACACAGAAAUAAAAAGAUGGAGUUAAUAUCGACUGUGGCUAGCUGGUUCACUCCGACGACACUCUUCCUCCUUCUCAAUCUUAUGAUCGGCACAAUCGUUAUCACUUCUCGAUUUGGUUCAGGAUCACGGAAACAUCACCCGCAUCACGAUUGGUUCGGGUCGGGUCAUGCUCCGUCUCCGUUAACCAGAGCUCCGUCGCUUAUCGACCGAGUCAAGUCCAUCAAUUUCCAUCUCUACAAGUUUCCCCAUCCAGAGACCGAACUUUUCUCGACUACGACCCAACACGACGUGAUCGGGUCGGAUCUUCACGUGUAUGCUGACCCGAACCCGGCUCCGCUACAACGCGUUCCUUCUCUCUUGGAUCGGGUUAAAUCCAUCAACAUGUCAUAUUUCAAGUUCCCGCACGACGUAACCGGGUCGGAUCCUCAUCACCACUCUCAUCCGGAUCCAAACUCGAACCCGGCUCCGUUACAACGUGCUCCAUCUCUCCUGGAUCGAGUCAGAUCCAUUAACAUGUCACACUUCAGAUUCCAGCAGUAUAACCCGGGGGAAAGUGAUUCUGGUAAUCACACGGAACCGACCCGCUUCGAAAAUAUUCCGACCCGUAUGGGUCGGGUUGACCCGAUCGAUAAUUCAAAAUUCAUCAUCCCGGAAGAAGAUAAACCGAGUGGAACCGGAUUUGAUAAUCCAAUCAACCUGCCCGGUCUAGCUCGGGCUCCGUCUAUCUUGGAACGGGUCAAAUCCAUUAAGCUAUCUUCUUUCUACAGAUCCGACCCGGAACCUCACUCCGAUCAAAAUCCUGACCCGAAUUCGGCUAUCCACGAAGACCAUAGGCACGUCAGGAGCAAAUCGGAAUCCAAGAAACCGGUUAAGAAGAAGAAGAAAGCGACGGGGAAGAUGACGAAAUCAGCGAGCGAGAAGUCGGGUUUCGGUUUCCAUGAGGAGGCGGAGACGGUGGAAUCCGUUGAACGGAGAAGACCAGAUACGACGAGGGUCGAAGGAUCAACGUCGUUCGGAGACGGAGAAGAUGGCGUCGACGAGAAAGCUUCCGACUUCAUCAACAAGUUCAAACAGCAACUGAAGCUACAGAGACUCGAUUCGAUUCUGAGGUACAAGGAGAUGCUGAAGGGAAAAUGAAAGCAAAGUUCCUUAAUUACCCCUCGGCGGAGAUUGUAUUUAUCCCAUGUCAAAACCUCAUCGCCUCCGUCUCCGCCGUUUUCACCGACAAGAUUCAGGGACUUGACAGUGUAUGAACUACCUUUAGUACCCAUGUAUGCAGUUUGGGUGUGUUUAAAUAAUUCAGGGACUUGACAAUGUUUUUUGGAACUGGGACGUUGUUUUGCACCAAGUUCUAUUGUUCAUCCAGUUGGCAGAUUCCAGAUGUUUAGUACGUUUCCUAGAUUCUGCUAAUUAUUAUUUUUGUUUGUCA